GGAUGAACUUGAUAGCUUCCAUGACUUCAAACUUCCCUGGGUAAAGUCAACACUGAUAUAUAUAUAUAUAUAUAUACAUAGUCAGCUCUUUACCCUCGAUGUCGCGUAAUGUCAAAGUCGUAAUCUCUUGCCUCUGCGGUGCUGCAAAGCAGACGGUAGUAUUGCGCACCAAUGAGUCCACAUCCGGCCCUUUGGGUGUUGACCUAUGCCACUGCUACGACUGCCGCCAUAGUUCCGGUCUACUGUGCGUAUCGUAUGCGCCUACUCAAGUGCCGCGCUCUCUGGACAACCUCGUCGCAUAUCCGGACGAGUCCGCGCAGCCCUCUGCCACCACUCCCCGGCGCUAUUUCUGCGGUGUCUGUGGUUGCCAUAUGUUCCGGUACUCUGCCGUUGGCGAUGGGGAAAUCGAUAAGUCCUGGGAGGUAGCUACAGGGACCAUCAUCGGACGAGCCGGCGUCGACGAUGAAUUAGCACAAGUAGACGACGGCAAAGAAGAGCCGCUCCUGAGAUAUGCUAGACAUGUCAAUGCCGACAGCACUAACGACGGCGGUCUAUCCCCUUUUAUCAAGCUCAUCGAGGGAACCGAGCCGUUUGAAGAGGGCUGGAUAAACGAGAGCAGAGGCGGAGACAGCAAGGGUAUCCUCGAAGCGCACUGCCACUGCAAAACAGUCCGCUUCUAUAUCACACGCCCCGACGCCUCGAGCCGGCUCCCGCGGUCCGGGUUCUCGGACCUUAUAGUCCCAGGCGCGACCUCGCCGCGCGAGGCCGUCGAUAACCCGCGCGAUGAGAAAUGGUGGCUGCGCCCGCAGAGUCAAGAUAAUCCAGACUUGACGAGGUAUAUGGCCGGGACGUGCGCCUGCCAGUCCUGCCAGCUAGCUGCUGGUUUCGAGAUCCAGACGUGGGCGUUUGUGCCACGGAGCAAUAUUUUCUUCCAGCCGCCUGCUGCUGCUGCUUCUUCUUCUUCUUCUUCUUCUUUCUCCGACGCCCUCCCGCUUGACUUCCCCACCCUUCGGCAGACCUACUCUCCCCUCCGCACCUACGAAAGCUCGCCCGGCGUCUUCCGCGAGUUCUGCCCGCGCUGCGGCGCCUCUGUCUUUUGGCACGACCGCUGGCGCCCUGGUCUCAUCGACGUGAGCGUUGGAUUGCUGACUGCGGACGAGGGGGCGCGGGCGGAGAGCUGGUUGGAUUGGUGGCGUGGGAGGGUGAGUUUUCAGGAGGAUGCUGGGAAUGGGCGGGUUGGAGGGGUGGCGAGAUGGGGGAAGGAUGUGGUGGAGACGUUGGCGGAGGGGUUAAGGGGGUGAGAAGAGGAAG